AUGGUCGCGAAGAAAGUUAAUGAAGACUUGCAAAGAGAACGAGCAAGAUGCGACUUUAAUAUAGAAGAAUUAACAAACUUUUUGGAUUGGGGCCCCCAGUAUACAGAUAGAAGGAGGAAAUUGGAGCAGAGAGUGUUGAGUGUUAAGGGUCUACUGGAUGACAUCCCUGAAGAGUACCUGAGCCACAAGGAGAAGUAUGAGAACGCCAUACGCAAAUCGGCUCUUUUAUACCGUACCCUGCAGCCGUAUGAUGAUGAUGGCAUGUCCGAAGAUGAGCUGGCCAAAGCUAAUUUCCGCAACAUGGUGUCGCACGCGGUGUUCAGGGACAAUUCCCCUUUCUCUUUGCACUUUACGAUGUUCGUGCCGACCAUUGUGGGCCAAGCCAACGAGGAGCAAAAGGCGUGCUGGUUAAAAAGGGCUAAGAAUAUGGAGAUAAUAGGCACAUACGCUCAGACGGAGCUUGGACAUGGAACGUUUAUUCGGGGAAUGGAAACGCAAGCAACGUAUGAUCCCUCCGCCGAAGAGUUCGUUUUAAACAGCCCUGCACUCUCCUCUUAUAAAUGGUGGCCUGGAGGCUUGGCUCACACAGCUAACUACUGCAUUGUCAUGGCCCGUCUUUACACAAGAGGGAAGAGCUGUGGCAUCCAACCAUUUAUGGUUCAAUUACGGGAUGAAGAGACCCACAUGCCGUUACCGGGUAUUAAACUGGGCGAGAUAGGUGCAAAACUUGGGUUCAACACUGUUAAUAACGGUUACCUGGGUUUCGAAAAUCACCGGAUACCAAGGGAUAGAAUGCUGAUGAAGAACGCUCAAGUCUUGAAAGAUGGCACAUUUGUCGCUUCUACGAACAGCAAACUCACUUACGGUACGAUGGUGUUUGUUCGUGUAAUGAUUGUCAACAGCAUGGCAAACCUCCUCGCAAAGGCAGCCACUAUUGCCGUGAGAUACAGUGCAAUCAGGCGACAAUCUCAACCGAAACCUAAUGAGCCCGAACCUCAAAUUCUAGACUACGUUACUCAACAGCACAAACUCUUCAUCGCUAUUGCCUCAAGCCAUGCCUUCUCUAUAAACGCUAUGUGGAUUUGGGAGAUAUACUCAAGCGUCACCAAACAAUUGGUUGCUGGUACGCUUGACAAUUUACCGGAGCUGCAUGCCCUAGCGUGUUGCCUUAAGCCCAUAACGACCACGGACGCCACAGUGCUGAUCGAGAAGUGUCGGUUGGCUUGCGGCGGUCACGGCUACAUGCUCUCGGCGAACCUGGCCCAGACUUACGGCCUGGCUACUGCGGCGUUCACAUACGAAGGGGAGAACACGGUGCUUUUGUUGCAGGCAGCCAGAGCUCUGGUGAAAGCUUGGGGCUUGCUAGCUAAAGGUCAACCGUUGAAAGGUUCAAUGGCGUAUUUAGCUGACAAAACAACUAUAAAGUCGUGGGACGGCUCCGUUAAUGGAAUCAUAAAGAGUUUUCAAAUUGUUGCCAUUCGGAAGCUUUCUGGUGUUGUAACGAAUCUUGAGGAUUUAAAAAAGUCCGGCUUGUCACCAGAAGACGCAUGGAACAAGUCUUCUGUAUAUCUCACAGCCGCUUCUGAGGCUCAUGGCAGAGCUGUUCUUCUCUCCGUGUACAAAACAGAGAUAGACAAGAGAAGUGUGACAAUGUCGCCGCCUUUGAGGAUGGUUCUUCAUCAGUUGGUGGAGAUGUACGCAGUUUAUUGGGCUCUCGAGAAGAUUGGCGAUUUGCUGCUGUAUACACCCAUCACGGAAAAGGACGUAGCGGAGUUGCAGCAAAGAUAUAUCGAUCUCCUGGAGAAGAUCAGACCGAACGCGGUUGGUUUGGUCGAUGCGUUCGACAUUCGGGACGAGAUUCUUAAUUCAACUUUAGGCGCAUACGACGGUCGCGCUUACGAGCGUCUGAUGGAAGAAGCCGCGAAGAGUCCGUUAAACGCGGAACCCGUAAACGAAUCUUUCCACAAAUACCUAAAGCCAUUUAUGCGCGGAAAACUG